AAUGGUUUCAAUGCCUUUGCUACUGGUAUUCAACUGCACGAACUAUGGACGUACAUUCGUGACAAAAGCCAGAUUGAUGAGUUUCAGAAAUUACCUGCUGGUUUGGUUCGGAAGCACGACGUCGCAUCUGCUGAGUCUAAUAAAGACAAAAACCGUUACAAGGACAUGUAUGCAUCUGAAGUGUCUUCAGUAUUGGCCAGAAGAUAUAAAGGGUGUGUUCAAACACGGUGGUGUUCUUAUUAAGUAUGUGGGCAUCAAGGAAACAUUCGACUACAAUAUCAGAUCACUUGCAAUCACCAAGGAUGGUGAGACCAGGCGCCUAAAUCAAUUCCAUUUCAAGUCCUGGCCUGAUAAAAAUGUUCCAGAUACAACCUGGUGUCUAGUGGAUUUUUGGAGAGUUGUUGCCAAGUGCGACGAUACCAGCACAUCCCCCAUUCUUGUACAUUGCAGGUAA